UUUUGCAAACCUCGGGGCAUUUCAUGAACAAUGGCGAAAGGUGUAUAUAAUAUAGGCACCUAAAAGCCUUAAACCUCGGCACCUUGCCUUUCCCUCCUUCAAAAACCCCUCAUUGUCUGCCUCCACACUCCUCAUUCCUCAUUCCUCAUAGAGUUGUGAACAAUGGCGAAAGGUGACGACGCAAGAAUCAAGAAGAAGAACAAAGCCAAUAGGAAGAAGCUUGCUAAAGAUCCUACUUCCGUGUCUGCUCGCGUUGCUGCUCUUAUUGCUGCCAAAAAGCGUCGUCAAUCCGGCAAGCGCCGCAACUGUCAGGGCAUGUGCUAUAGUCUUCCCUCACCCGAGGAUCCUUUCAAUGAGAGACAUGGAAAAGAAGAUUUUAGCAGUAGGAAGAUCAAACGUCUGGCUCCUGAGGUAAAGACCAAGCAAACCUUAAAAAAGGAAGCCAAUAAACAGCAGAAAAGAAUGCUUUCUGGUGACCAAGUGAACAUUAAGGAAAAGAAUACAAAGCUAGGCGGAGGAGACUUCCAAGAUUUUACUUCAGGAAAUUCUGGCUGCCCAUCUAAGUUUCUUUGCUCGUGCUUAAACUCCAUAAAGGAUUCUUUGCUUGGUGAUGGUGUGCUUAAUAAGGAACAAGAUAAACCUUUGUUUGUUGACUCAUGGGGAGUUGAAUUUUGGAAGUCUUAUUCCUCUGGAGUUGAUAUUUUGGAAAACAGUGGUUCUAGUCCUUCUGUGCAGCAAAUGGCCUGGAUAGCCUCCACCGCAGCUGACAGCAUUUCACAGAAGGAGAAGGAUGGGAUAUCCUUUACCAGCCCGUUCCUGUUAUAUCUUGUACCAUCACAACAGAAGGCUAAUAAGGUGCGUUCUGUGUGCAAGCCCUUAAAAGCUUUCGGCAUUCACACAGUCAGUUUACAUCCUGGUACUUCAGUGGAGCAUCAAGUUCAAGGCCUACAGAGCUGUGAACCUGAAUUUCUUAUAGCAACACCUGAACGCCUGAGGGAGCUUGUUUUGCUAAAGGCAGUUGAUAUAUCAGGGGUUUCAUUGCUGGUUGUGGAUGGAAUAGACGCUAUAUCUCACUGCCUAGAUGCGGUAAAAAGCAUAAAAAAGUCAAUAUCUGGAAAGCCCUGCACAAUGGCUUUCCAGGGUCACUCUGAUAUAGAGAGGAUUCUCAGGAAACCCUUUGAUACUUUAUCUCUUGAUGGACCAAGAAAGAGUAAAGUUUUCUGAAGUUUCUGAACAAAUUCAUCUGUAGUCGAAGUCAUAGAUUAAAGAUUACUGAAUGCAUCUUGGAUUGGAUAUUGCAAAAACCAUAUCCAACAAGACAUAGAAUGUGCAACAUAGCCAUGGAAGUUGUGAAGCUUGUGAGUUUAUUAUAUCUUGUCUUAGUUAUUGAACCAUCUAGUCUCGGAGUCAAUUCACGUAAUUGAAUUAUUGUUUGGUUAUUUGUAUUCUCUUCAUUUUUGGAAGUACCAGAAUUUCUAUUAACUUGGUUUGGUUUGUUGAUAGAUAUUGGAGUUGAUAUCUCUCUUUCAUAGA